AUGGCAGGUACUUCAACUAAUGUGCAAGCUCUGCAUGAGUCUUUCAAAAAGUUUGCAAUGCAUGGGGAUACCAGGUCCACUGGGAAUGAAAUGACCGGGAAAAACUGGUCCAAAGUCUGCAAAGAUUGCAACAUCAUUGAUGGCAAAACAGUCACCUCAACCGAUGUGGAUAUUCUAUUUUCAAAAGUAAAAGCCAAAUCAGCUCGAGUGAUCAACUUCGAAGAGUUUAAAGCAGCUCUGGCUGAACUCGCUCCAAAGAGGUUUAAAGGCCAAAGUCAAGAAGAGGCACUUCAGUCAAUUUAUGGUUUGAUUGCUGGAAAAGACCCAGCUAACCUUGGAGUAACAGUUGCAACUAAAGGAGGUGGUGUUGAAAGAUUGACAGAUACCUCUAAGUACACAGGUUCCCACAAGGAACGCUUUGAUGAAAGCGGAAAAGGCAAAGGGAUAAGCGGUAGGGAGUACACAGCAGAAAACACAGGUUACGUUGCGAAUUACAAGGGAGCUGGAACAUACGACCAGAAAGUGAAAAAGUAG